AUGAUAAUAAGUGUUAUUUUUUGGUCAGGUUUUGCUUUUAUACCCGGUCAUUUACGUUCAACAAAUAUUGAACAUUUAUCAAUAACAACUGCUUAUAAACCAACUAUAUCUAAUCGUUCAUGGUUUAUUAAUCCAUCAAAUUUAGAUAUUAAAUAUAUUUUUAUAGCAUUACCAUUUGGUUUACUUGUAACAGCUCUAUUUUAUUUUGAUCAUAAUAUUUCAAGUUUAACAGCUCAAGCUAAACAUUAUCCAUUACGAAAACCAGCAGGAUUUCAUUGGGAUUUUUUUUUAUUAGGAUGUACAACAAUAAUAGCUGGUUUUCUUGGUUUACCAUAUCCAAAUGCACUUGUUCCACAAUGUGCUAUGCAUACAGAUGCACUUGUGAAAAUAAAAGAACAACGUUUAACAAAUACAUGUCAAAGUUUACUUUGUCUGAUUACAAUGACUGGUCCAUUUCUUAAAUGUUAUUCAUUAAUAUCUCGUGCUGUAUUAGCUGAUGUUUUUAUUGGUAUUGGUUGGGAUUCAGUUGAAGUUAAUACUAUAACAUAUCGAUUAUUACAUCUUAUACGUGAUCUUAAUCAUAUGAAAUUAGAUGAUUUAUUACUUCGACUUUCUCCUGCUGUUGGAUUUCCUAUACUUGUUUUACUUUGA